AUGGCUGGUGCCAAGGCCAAAUCAACUGCCAAGGCUGACGCGCAGCGCAAGGCUGGAGAACGCACGCCAGUGCACAUGCAUCCCGACCCGCAGUUCUCCUGCGUGCGCCAGGGGCGGGUGCUAGACCAGAUCGAGGGCCACGAGGACAAGGUUUACGAGCCAGGGGAGUGCUACCUGAUGCCGCCGAACACGAAGGCACGCUUGUUGGGGCGGUCGUCGCCAAUCCAAGGCUCCACGCCCACGCCGCCCUCCCCCCUCGACCGCAGAUGGCUGCCAUCUGCGUGA